AUGUGUAAUCACAUUUCGAAUAACCUUGACUUUAUCCGCACUAAGCAUCCUGAUACCGGAAUUUUCAUACUAGGAGACUUCAAUAGAAUGAAAGAUGCUCAACUGAAGCAAUUCCCGUUAAAACAUAUUGUUAAGGAUUGCACUAGGGAAAAUGCUAUACUGGAUUUAAUGUAUACAUCCAUAGAAAAUUUCUAUGAAACACCAUACACUGAACCUGGACUGGGUCUGUCCGACCACUUAGUAGUUCUUUGCAGGCCUAACCUAGUGAGUAAAAGAGUACCACCAACUAAGUCGCACCUGUAUAACAGGAAAGUCAACAAUCAAGCAAAGGAACUGUUUGAGCAAGAUCUUACGAAUAUUCGUUGGCAUGAGUUAUACGCGCAAGCAACCUCUGCUGAGCAGUACGAAUUCUUUGCUUCUCGGAUCAGAACUCUUGUUGAAAAACACUUUCCGCUUAUCCAAGUUGUUCGCACUAAUGUUGACAAGCCAUGGGUUACAAGUUACUACAAAUCCUUGAUCUACAGACGUCAAGCUGAACUCAAGAAAGGCAAUAUGAUUGAAUUCAGGAAACUCAGAUAUAAAGUAAACAAAGCCUCUAAAAAACUUAGACGCAGAUACUAUGAAAAGGAAGUAUCGCAGCUCUACAAGGUUGAUGUGAAAUCAUGGUGGAGUAAGACCAAUAGAUUAUUGAACAAAACUAAAUUAAACAGCCCUCUAAACUACGUGACAAACAGUCUAUGUAAUGGUAACCAACAAGAAUUAGCAGAAAAAGUGGCUGAAUUGUUCAAUUCAGUCACUGAUGAUUUUGAACCCCUUCAAAAUCCCACUGUUGCCCCUCUUAAUACACCUGUCUUAGACAAAUUCAUCAUAACGCAUGAUCAGAUAUAUGUCAAUUUAAAAGCUCUAAGUGUAAACAAAUCCCCAGGGCCUGAUAGUAUACCCACAUGGGUAUUGAAGGACUUUGCCAACAUUUUAGCAAAGCCUCUUUGUGCAGUUGCUAACUCCAGUUUACGAGAAUCGUUUGUCCCUCACGAAUGGAAAGCUGCAACUAUUGUCCCUAUCUCAGACCAAUUUCUUUAA